CCUUUACCUAUAUGGCGGGAGCUUGGGGCUUGGGGGGGCUCCUGCUCCUGGCUCUGGUCAUUGUGUCCGCCUGUCUGUGUCGGCUGCAUCGGAAAGUGAAGAGGCUGGAGAGGAGCUGGGCCCAGCUCUCAGAGCAAGAGCUCCACUAUGCAUCUCUGCUGCCCGUGCCCUGGAGGGAGAGGCCUGACCUCAGCCACAGGGAAGGGGCCAAGGAGGAACCCAGCACCGAAUAUGCCUGCAUUGCCAAGAACUAAGCCACCGGAGCUCCCCCAGAUGCCUCCCUGAAUCCAGGCGGACCCUGUGGUCCACCCAGUAAAAACCAUGUCCCGC